GGCUCCCUCUAUAAAAUACCAAAUAUAAGAAGCUAGGGUUUCCGUCUCGUUAGUAGUCAGCGCCCCGGCACAUCUCAGACCAGGUCACUUACGGAGAUAUUUAGCCACCGAAAGCGAAAUGGUGAAGGGACGCCAAGGAGAGCGAGUCAGACUCUACGUCAGAGGAACCAUCCUUGGAUACAAGAGGUCAAAGGCAAACCAGUACCCCAACACCUCUUUGAUCCAGAUUGAGGGAGUUAACACCAAGGAAGAGGUGGCAUGGUACGCUGGAAAGCGGCUGGCUUACAUUUACAAGGCUAAGGUGAAGCAGAACGGUUCACACUAUCGUUGCAUUUGGGGCAAGGUCACCAGGCCUCAUGGUAACAGUGGUGUUGUACGCGCUAAGUUCAAGUCCAACCUGCCCCCAAAGUCCAUGGGUGAUAGAGUUAGAGUCUUUAUGUAUCCCAGCAACAUCUAAGGUCCUUCAGUCUGUAGAGGCCAGUUGAGCGAUGAUUUAAGGAAAAUGCAUUUUACUUGUUUUUAUAAGCUAAGGUUUAAGUUUUUGUGUUUUCAGCUGAAUCAUUUUUGGUUCUUUAGGAUGAUAAAGGGAAAAUUGUUUAAUUUUACGAGUGUCUGGAUUUGUCAACCUAUAUGUUUCUUGUAUUUUGAAUAUUUGGGUGCAUGACAUCUUAUUGAUUUAAAUUUGAGUAGGUUUAUUAUCUGUGGCA